AUGGCUGGUCUUGUGGACACGCGCCUGCUGGGACGACCAAAGAAGUACUCAGGCAACCGCGACGAGUUCCCGACCUUCAGAUACCAGCUGAUCAGCUACUUGGGUGCCAUCGACCCGAGAUUGGCACAAGCAGUCACGACAGCAGCUACCCACGGCAAUGUCAUUACGCUUUCAGAGAUGGGUGACGAUAACAAGCAGCUUGCAGCGACGAUGGGAUACAUUCGAUCACAGUUGCUUGGAGGCAGCGCGCUAACCUUGGUGAUGAAUUGUGAGCCAGGUAACGGCCUGGAGCAGUGGCGACGUCUUUGUCUACGCGAGGAUGCGGCUACUGGCUCAAACAAGGCGGCGCAGCUGCAGCUUCUUGCGAACACAGAGUUUUCAGGCAAGUGGGAGACCUACGUCGAGGAGCUCACGAAGUUUCUACUGGACAUCAACCGAUAUCAAGAGAAGUUUUCAGAGGUGAUCUCAGACACCCUUGUCCAAGCCUUGAUCAAGAAGAACACGCCCGAGCCGCUGAAGACUCAGGUGAUGAUGCAGACCUUCACGAACCACCAGAUCCUACGGGAGACUUGCGAGGCCUUCGCUCAGCAGAUGAUGCAGCGCGACCCGAGGGUGACCAAGAAGAAGUUCGACCCGAACGCCAUGGACGUGGACGCUUUCGACAAGGGCGGCAAGGGCGAUUCCAAGGGCAAGGGCUUCGGCGGCAAGUCGGACCAGAAGGGCAGCGGUGGCAAGUCGAGCAGUCAAAGGAGUGCUUGGCAGAGCUCGGGCAACAAAGGUGGCAAGGGCGACGGCAAGAACAAGAUGAAGAGCAAGAAGGGCGAGACGAAGCUCUUCGACGGAUGGUGUUCGAAUCCCCACUGCGGCAAGUACGGGCACAAGAUCGCGGACUGCAGGAAGUACGGCGGCGGCGCUUACCAGCCUGGAGGAGGUCAGCGAUCCGCAUCUGAGGCUAUGACGGAGAAGUGCAAGCUCGCAGGCGAGCCAGGUCAGUCUCUGCGAUCCAUUACUGGUAAAGCUAUUCGGACUUGGGAUAAGCGGGCGUUGACGGGUGAGGUCUUCGAUUCGAACACGUCGACCCCUGCAAAGCUAGACGUCACGCCAGCUGAAGUUCGUAGAGGUGCCCUUUCAGUUGCAGAGAUGAAUGAUGCAGGUUAUUCGGUGCACUUUGAUCCUGACGGAGCUAAGAUGUUCAAAAGCAACAAGAAUGUGCAGCACGAGAUAGGUAAAGCGAUCGAGUCGACAGUGACUUUGCAGUUACGACGGAAGGUGAAUGCGUUGCUUCUUCCCAUGAGGUUCAAGGACCCGACAGGCUACGAGUCCAUCAUCGGCAAUGUCGAGGACCACUCUGAGAAGGACGACGCGCAGAUGAAGGAGGAGCCUGUCGAGACACAGCCUGUGGAGGUGCAGGACAGAAGGACAGGCUACCUCAUGGGAGUUGUCGUGGAAGCUAAAGGCAAUCAGAGCUACGCUAUAGCGGCCAUCAGCGAGUACCUGGACGAGCUUGGCUACAUGAGUAUGGAAGUUCAGUUAGACGGAGAACCAGCACUGGAGGCACUCAUGAAUGGAGUGAUUUCGGAGCGUAUCAAGAAGCUCGGCAAGGAGGCAGCUGAAGCUCAACUUCGAGUACGGCUAGUUCCAAAAGGAAGCCACGCUUCUCAAGGUGGAGUUGAGAGUGGAGUCAAGUCGGUCGCAGGUCUUGCGAGGACUGGGCGUUUGGCUCUGGAGAAGCGUUACAACAUGAAGUUAACUGAGGAUGUUCCUAUCAUACCUUUGAUGAUUCGGCAUCAGAUAUUCUGCCACAACAGGUACCAGCGGACAAGGAGCAGCGGUCGCACAUCUUUCGAGGAGCUCAGGUUGGCACCGCACACUUCACCCAUGCUGGAGUUCGGAGAGACAGUGAUCGGCAAGGAGCACACGGAGCUGCAGGACAAGCUGGGUACAGCCUGGUGCAAGGGACUGUGGCUCGGACGCAGUUCGAAGAGUGAUGCUCAUCUUAUCGGCACGGCGACGGGGGUAGUUCAGGCCAGGACAGUGAAGCAGCUGACGACGGAGGAGAGCUUCGACAUGGAGAUGCUCAAAGCCAUGCGUUGGACGCCUUGGAGGACCUCGGUUAGAGCUGGAGUCUACGAGGGCGAGAAUUGGCAGCCGACGGAAGGCUUCGUGGCAAGCAGGGAGUACCAGCUCCAGGGGCACCCGCUAAGCGAGGAGCUGCUGACGCUGACCUCGGUGAAGGCGGCCCUGGAGGCCCACCUGGAAAUCGAGGCCUGCACGGAGGAGAUGACGAGGCUCGCGGGCGAGGUCGACAAGGAGCUGAAGGCGAAGCAGUGCGAGCUAGAUCGGUUCGACAACUACGACGUGCGGGAGCUCACGCUGAGGGACCCUCACGGGCCUAAGGCACUCACGUGGACUUGGGUUUUGGAGAUGAGGAGUGGCGAGCUCAAGGCGAGGCUUUGUGCGCGACCAUUCGGCAAGCAGGUCAACAAGAGCAAGAAUGAGCUGUACUGCCCUACUCCACUUUCGUUCUCACUCAAGCUGCUCAUGGUCUACGCUAUCGUUAAGGAUUUUGCCAUCUUCUUAUUCGACAUAUCUCGAGCGUUUCUGCACACGCCGAUUCGGGAGUUGGUGUGCGCAGAGGUUCCGAAGGAGUACUGCCAUCUUCCCGACAGUUCGGAUUGGGUUUUCAAGCUCAAUAAGACCGUCUACGGACUUAACGAGGCGAUGAUCGGUUUCGACGACCACUUUGAGAACAUCGCUACAGGACGGAGUGAUGAAUCUAAGAUGACUUUCAAGAGGUUUCUUUCUGACCCGUGUACGUUUGCAGACAAGGCUAAUCAAAUUGCUAUGUCCAAGCAUGUUGACGAUGGCACGCUGGUGGGACCCAGAGUUUCAGCCAGCGAAGCGUUGGAGGAGCUCGGCACACACUUUCUACUCAAGGUUUCUGAGCUCACAGUUGGUGGUCCUGAGAUCAAGCACCUUGGACGUGGCUGGCUCCGCACCCCCGAAGGUAUUCAAGUUCGCAUGUGGCCUGCUAUUGUCAAGAAGCUACUCGACUCUGAGCCCAAUGAUAAGAAGACGAGCCCAAUACCAGGAGUCAAGAACGAGAAGAAGGUCGAGAGCGAGGAGGAGUUGGAUUCCAACGCGGCCACAAAGUUCAGGAGCGUCAACGGCCUCAACAUGAACGUUUGCUUGGAGAGGCCCGAGUGUCAGUACGCAGCGAAGGAGUGUUCGAGGGGGAUGUCACGACCGACGGUGCAGGACCAGACGAGGCUCACGCGCAUCAUCAGGUUCAUUCGAGCUCACCCAUCUUCAGUCACGCGCAUGUAUCCAGACAGCGGCGAGUUCAAGGUUAUCGGACGUGCAGACUCUAAUUGGGCAGAGGAUCCUAUCGGGAGGAAGUCUACAAGUUGUGGUCAGUUGUUUCUCAAUGGAGCUUUGAUCAUGCAGUUCGUCAAGACUCAGGGGGCACCAGCACUCUCGUCGCCCGAAGCUGAGUUUAACGCACUCGUGCAUGUCGGGAUUGAGGCGAGAGGAGCACAGACUUAUCUCAAGGAGCUCUUGGACGAAACUGUACCAGUGACGCUGGAGAGUGACAACUCCAGCGCUCUCACGAACGUCGAGAAAAAGGGAGUUGGCAGGAUGAGGCACAUCGAGUUGAAGGAUCUGUGGAUCAAGGACCUAGUCGCGCGCAAGGCUGAGACGAAGGUCAGCACGAGCAAAGUUCACACCGACGAGAACACCGCACACCUAACGGCGAUGAAGGUUUGGCUCACUGGGAAAGGUGAGGUUGGUGGAAUUUCGGGUUCAAGCAACGAGAAGAAGGCCCAGAUCGGUAAGCCGGCGCUGGAGCUGAUGGGAGCACUUACUCAAUGCUUGGUGGGUCUUGGCACGUUUCUUCAAUUUGGACGUGCGGACGCUACUGAGUUGGUGGAGAAGGAGUUUCAGCCAGUCGCGAUCUCAAGCCCUGCAGAUGAUGAGAGCCAUUUUGGCGUUUCCACAACGGUCGUGAUGAUGAUGCUCACCCUUUUGAGUGUUAUCGCAACGAGUGCAGUCUUCAAAGUCAAGCAGCACAUCGACCGUAUCACGCAGCCAGCACAGAAAGAUGCCUCAAUUCAGUACAGCCUGAAGGACACGAUGAAGAAUGGAGCUACGAGCAAGAUCGUGGUCAAUGAUCUUCGGGCUAUGUUCACAGCUAUGACUAUAGACAGUGGACGGGAGUUUCUAGAACUACGGCGAGUGGAUCGGGCCGUCUCGACAUAUACAAAGGCGAUGGUGGUCGAAGCUUGCGUGGCGACCGCCCUCAACGAGAUAAGGCAGGACAAGAUCUACAGUGUUGAUGGGUUUGUCGGGAUUUGGCACCCUCACUCGCUGGCUAUGAUUCGAUAUUGA